UUUCCCAAAGAAACGAUAAGCGGGGUGGACGAUGUUUCGUUGUUGGCCGGAAUUGACCUGAGGUUUUUAUUUGGAGAUAGCAAGCAAGCAUGAAUUGCCCGAAAGCCAAAAGCUCAAGAGCCCCAACUUCAAAUCCCCUUCCAUCCAUGUUCCCUCCAUUUCCCCUAAAUUAACAAAUUGUUACUAUAAUAAAUGAACCAUAAGAAACUGCUGCUUUCAGUCCUAGAAAAAUGUCCAAAUCUUAAAAACCUGAAAAAAAUCCAUGCCCUCGCAACAACACUAGGACUACUGCAAAACCACAACCAAGCCUUGUCGUGCAAAAUUCUCACCAUCUACGCCAAUCUAAACAUUCCAAAUGAUGCAAACAAAGCCUUCAACCAAAUCCAACACCCAGACAUAGUAUCGUGGACAUGUCUCAUUAACAUUUUCUUACAAUACAAAAAUCCCGUCAAAUCCGUCUUAGCCUUCUCCCAGUUGAUACGUAACGGUUUAAGACCCGACAGUUAUUCUGUCGUUGCUGCCGUGUCAGCCUGUGGUAAAAUUAAAGAUUUGGUCCAUGGGAUGUUAAUUCAUGGAAUUGUUUUGAAAUAUGACUUGGGUUUUAAGAACCCAAUUGUUGGAAAUGCUCUUAUUGAUAUGUAUAGUAGAAAUGGUGAAAUUUUAUUGGCCGAAAUAGUGUUUGAGAGGAUGUUUGUUAAAGAUAUUGCUUCUUGGAAUAGUUUGCUGAAUGGGUAUUUUUUGUGCAAUGAUUUGGAGGCUUCUCGCGGCGUGUUUGAUAAAAUGCCGGAGAGAAAUGCAGUUUCUUGGACCGCUUUGAUAUCUGGGGUUGUAAAAGGGAAGGAACCGUUGGUGGGAAUGAAGCUUUUUAAGGAAAUGAGAAGCGAAGGAAAAGUUAAUCCCACUAUUGUUACCGUUGUCGCUGUUCUUUCUGGUUGUGCUGAUAGCGGUGCUCUGUAUUUCGGUAGGAGUGUUCAUGGUUAUGUUAAUAAAGUGAAUUUGAAUAAGAAAAUUGUUGUUCUAAGUAAUGCUUUGACGGAUAUGUAUUCAAAAUGUGGAUACCUUGAUGUUGCUGGGAAGAUUUUUAAUGAAAUGGUGGAAAAGGAUGUGUUUUCUUGGACUAUUAUGAUAACAGGAUAUGCAUUUCAUGGGAAAGGAAAACAGGCUUUGCAGCUAUUUUCUGAAAUGUUAGAAUCAAGGGUUGCUCCAAAUGAGGUGACCUUUUUGUCUGCCCUAUCAGCUUGUGGCCAUGAAGGGCUGCUUGUUGAGGGGCAGAAGGUUUUUAGAAAAAUGGUUCAAUGCUAUGGUUUUAAACCCAAGAUUGAGCAUUAUGGAUGUGUUCUGGAUCUUCUUGGCCGAGCUGGGCUUUUAGAAGAAGCAAAGAUGUUAAUUGAAGAAAUGCCCAUUUUGCCAGAUGCUGUUAUUUGGAGGUCAUUACUUUCUUCUUGUUUAAUCCAUGGGAAAUUAGAUUUAGCAGAGGUGGCAGGAAAGAAGGUUAUUGAACUAGAACCAGAUAAUGAUGGGGCCUAUGCACUUUUGUGGCAUAUGUAUUCUAGCACAAAUAGGCGCGAAGAUGCUAUGAGGAUUAGGAAGUUGAUGAGAAAUCAAAAAGUUAGGAAAAGACCUGGAUGUAGUUGGAUUGAGGUGAAUGGUAUUGUUCAUGAAUUUCUUGCUGAGGAUAGACCACAUCAUUUUGGCAGUGACAUUUACUUGAUUCUAGAAGGCAUCAGUGAACAAUCAUAACUGAAAGGAGAAUUUCUUUGGUUAGAGUUGGAAUUGUUCAAUACUCCAAGCUGCUACUUUCUUUGGCUCUUAUCUUUUGGGUGGAUGGAUGGUGAGGAAGGCUUUGCAAAAGGCUUUAAAUUCACAAGAAACCUGUCCACUAUCAGAUCCAUCAAAACAAAAGAAGGGAAAUGCUAGAAUUGUAAACUAAAUGAAGCAUGAGGGAUCAUCGGCUGCACUAGAGGAAAAAGAAGAUAUCGCCUCACUCGAAGCCCAUUUUUGAGCACUGUCUAUUACACUGAUCUCGCUCCCCUUGGUUCUUCUUCCUGGUAGAGUACUACUUUAUCUAAGCAGAUGUCAUGCUAAGAAUGUUGGAGAAAGUUGUAAAGGGUAAAAACUGAGCCACACAUCCCUGAUGAUGAGCUAGACUUCCUUUUCUCCCAAGUGACCUCUGCUCUUCUUAAUCGAACGUGUCUGACACAUUUCGAAUUUUCAAUAUGCAAAUUUCUUCUGGAUUCAUCUAAACAUAGGUUUUAGUAAUGAUUUCAAAUUAGGUACAAUUGCGAUGACACACUCUACUGUAAUUUAUUCUUGUUUUCUGAACAAAGCAGAAGGAGGGUUACUUCAUCAAACCCCUCUUCACUAUCUACUCUAAUCUUCCCGUCUUUUCCUCUCUGUCUCCCAAGUGGAUUGCAGCCCUCCUUUCCCACCAAACUCCCAAAUCCAUGCUGGCCUGCUUAUUAGCCUUAAUAGGAGAUUAAUGAUGGUAAAUUUGGCAUUCAUGUUGAACUUGGACCAAAUAUCUUAUGUCAGGAAUGUAAUUUUUUAUGCCCAAGUCAGAUUUAAUAUUGUCUCUUGUUGGCUUGAACUUUUCAAACAUGCCUUGAGUCUUCAUGUUAGUUAUUACAAUAAGGACAAUGCAUUCAAGUUUACGGUAUCGUAGGUGGGAGGAUAACGGGUUAUGACUUUCAACAUUUCACAAUGUAUUUGAUUUUGCUAAAAUCUUAAUCUACCGACAUGGCCACAACUUCAUAGACAGUUUGAUAAUGAAAAAAUUUGCAGCCAUUGAUUGUUAACUAAUAUUGUGAACAGGGCCAAUACUCAUGACUUUCUAAUGUAUUUGGUCUCCUGAUCUUAUCUGCAACAAAUUAUCAUCACGUAAUGAUCAGAGGAUUGAGAGGUUGACGUGGCUGGCUCUCAUCAUCUUGGAAGAUCAAUCUUAUUUAUGAAGCAGGUUCUAGAUCAGUCCAGGUUUUCUGUAUUUGAUGAUUCAAGUUGUAAAGCUUCACCCGCAAAUUAAUCUAUAUCUUG